UUAGAAUUUUUAGUGAAGAAUUAAGACAGUUAGUUUGGAUUAUGCUCAAAUUAAACUGAGGAUUUCCUAUGACCUCAGGCUUUUCAGGAUGUCACAUGAAGGAACUCUUCUCAGAUGACUAGUAUGCUUCUUUGCUAAAGAUAGAGAAGAAAACCCUGAUUUAAUGCCAGUAGCAUACUUCUGAAUCUUUAGCUUACAACUCCCAAAAUGGCUAAAUUUGAACUGAGCAUUAGAACCACAAGAUUCCAAAAAUCUCUUCUCUCCUGAUCAACCUCCCUCUCUCUCCUCUUUCCCAACAUCCAAUAUCUCUCUUAAAUCCUUCCCUGACAACUUCCCCUUAUUCCCAAUCAGCGUAUUCCAAAACUCCUUUGUCACUUUCCGAACCUAAGACCUCCCUUCACCCCCAAGGUCUCAUCUACCCAUGCCUUUUCCUCCAUAAAAUCCGACUUC